CCUAAUUGUUGUGAUAAACUUAUUAAAUAGAGCAAUAUGGAAGAAAGUCAUUACGAAGCUCUGUGGGAAGACAGGGAGGUGAAGUUUGACCUCGGCAAGAACCAUCUGCGACCCCGUGCUGGCGAAAUUGUGAUUGACAGACUGGAGGCAAUCGAAGACACGAAAGGAAACAACGGAGCUCGAGGCCGACUUAUAAUCACCAACUUACGACUCAUUUGGCAUUCGGUUCAGUUCCCGAAAAUCAACCUAUCUGUCGGUCUAAACACAGUUAUAAACAUCACAAAGAAACUGGCAUCGUCUAAAUUGAGGGGCGGCGAAACGGAAGCUCUUUAUCUGUUGACGAAAUUUAACAGCACAAAAUUUGAGUUCAUUUUCACAAAUCUUAUCCCAGGAAGUCCAAAGUUGUAUACCACUGUGUACAGUGUUCACAGAGCAUACGAGACUACAAAAUUGUAUCGAGAAUUGAAAUUACGAAGUGCAAUCUUGGACGGAAAAGAUCUGAUGUUGCUUCCUUUGGAGCAGAUGUUCGAACGAGUAGACGGAGUCUGGAACCUCUCGAACGAACAAGGCAAUCUAGGCCUGAUGUAUAUAACGAACGUCAGAGUUGUAUGGCACGCCACCCCCAAAACUAAUUUCAACGUCUCCGUUCCCUGGGUGCAAAUAAAGAACCUCAAAGUGCGCAAUUCACGUUUCGGACCCGCACUUGUGAUAGAGUCUUCGAGAAGCAGCGGAGGUUACGUGUUGGGAUUCAAAAUAGACCCCGAGGAUAAAUUGGGCGACGUUUUGAAAAUGUUACUUGCGUAUUAUGAGACUUAUUACAAGAAACCACAGCUGGGAGUGGAAUUUGUAGUCGAGUCAGGGGGUCUGAAUGCGGGGGAGGAGUCGAAGGCACUGGAGAAUCUUGUGGAUGAUGUUGAGAUCGAAACGGGACACCAGGAUACGUUGGCCGCCUACUACAGUGCAGCGGGUGGGGGCGACGAAGGGGAGAAACGAGAGAUAGUGUUCUCGGAGACACUGGGGUUGGCGGUGGAGAAACCGAAGGAGGGGUUCACUAUUGAGAGUCUGUGGCAAAUUAACUGACGUCAUGUCUAAACUAAACUAGACUGUAUCAAAUAAUGAUAAAAUGUAAUUAUUUUGUCUAUAUGUACAUAAAUUGAUUGUCAUUACAUCGCAUUGUAUGUUAAGUUUAUACAAGUUUGGCAUAAUAGUUCUGGUAAAAUUCUAAAGCAACUUUUGUUAUCGUCGUUUUCUUAACCCAAUUUGAGAAAAACGCAUUUAAAUUUUCAAGUUUCGUUCAUUUUGUCCGGAUAAUUUAAAUCAGCGCUGUAUGUAUGAGUCAUUAUCAACAAACCGAUAGUUAUAGUUUCAAGUAUUUGCAAGUCAUCGCCUACAUCAACUUUUAUAGGAUUAGGUGUAGGAGCUCUAUAAAUGAUAUGAACGCUUGCUUUUUUUGGUUUCUGAAGCUAAUUAUCUGAAGGCGUGCCGAAAGCCGAUUGAUCUUCAAGUGACGUAUGAUAAAUGAACGAAAACGGAGUUAUGUACUUCAACUAACAAUUACCAUCAAUUAACAUUACUUCGUGACUUGAAAUGUUCAAAAUUAGACCAUGACGACAUUAACUUCGACUUCUUUCACUUUACAGUGCAGAGAUAGUUCAUUAUACAAACUCAAAUUGUAGCUUCAGUCGAAUCAGCUGAAACAAUAUCGCUGUACUGUUUUGUAUGGUGACUUCUGUUAGCGAGAGCUCAUUAACACCCCAAGAUAAUUUGAACGAGAUCUUGGAAUACAUUAUAGCUCAUCCAGACCAAGUAUCGACCUUAAUACUGACUAAUGUCCACUCAAAAGACAACAUGUUGGUCAUCAAGAUGGAACACACGUCUCCUCUCGAAAAGUUCACCGAGGAAGUCUUCAAAACUGAGCUGCAAUUUUUCAAAACACGACCAGUCACGCUGACAAUGAUUGAACCGAGCAAAAAUGAAGCUGUCAUCGCAGAAAUUGUACCGAAGAUUUUUUUGAAUGGCGCGGGUCUAGCGACUAAUCAAUCUGUUUCGUUUUGCAUAUCUAUUGUUAAUAAAUCAGCACCCUCAGGUUUUCUAGAAAACAAAAAUGUUGUUGUCUCAUUAUUCUUAAAAGAUCCGAAUGGAGCAAUUUCAUACAGAAAAGACUUCAAAACUACAUUCAGCAAUGAACUGGAGGAAAAUGAAAAAGGAAUUUUGGAUUUCAUCUCAAAAGACGAGUUUCCGAAUUACAUAUCAGCAGAUGAUGUGACGCUUUUUGGUGUUAUGGUUCAGCUUGCAACACCAGUGGAUCCAUGAUAAUUGAUCGUCUUUUUGUAAUUCAUAAUUUAGAUUGUGUAGAGUAAUUUUUUCCUAAAAAAUGAAUGGAAAAGUUAGCAAAAAAACCUGCAAUUCAAAUUAUGAAAUCCA